AUGCGUGAGCUUCAGAAGCACUCGAAGAGGUCUGAAGAACCCUUGACGAGCUUCUGGCGACUGGAGCCAGCGAUCCACAGGCCUCCUGCAAUCGACCCAUAUUACCUGCGCGACAUGGGAUUUUCGCUCCCUGGCUCUGUUGUCGACAGUGCGCUUGUAGCAGAUUUCGAUUAUGUUCAUACGGCCACUAGCCUGGGUCGGUUGAACGAGGGUUGUAGUUGCAGAUUAUGUGUCGCCGUUGACGCUGUAACCAGGCCACUGUUUGCUCGGAAUGUUGCCGUUGGGGACAUUGGGAAUCUUAUCGUCUCGGCAAUAGUUUCAGUCGACUUGAGCUUGAAUGCGAGAGCCGCUGCAAGCGUGAAGGGUGUACCAGUCUCCAACAGGUAUAUUACGUUUGUUCCGGCGCUCCCAAGUCACGUUGGCCAUCCGGUGAUCGAGGGAAAUGUGUUCUCCAAAGGAGACGGUGUUGGUCAGGUCCGAAGUGCCGAAAUGGCAAAUAUAUUCCAGGCUUCCGAGGCCAGAGGAAUUAUGCGAAAUACUUGUGUGUACAGUCUAAGUUGCGCUAUUGACUUUUUCGUCUAUGGCGGAGCAUACGGCGGGGUAUGGUCAAUGCAAGACACUCGGUUUCUGUACGACUACGCGAUCGGAAGUCGGCCUGACUGCGAUGCAGAGCUGCGGGCGAUCAGAAACCGUUGUGUGAAAGUGGCGAGCGGUGCUGUUCACAAAUAUGUGGGCGACGGGGUGACUCUGAAGUUUGCCAACUAUGCAAAUCAAGUUUAA